GAAGAUGAAAAUUUGAAGAAAUCCUCUAGAAUUCAGAUCGCUUUAUAAAUGGUCGAAGAUCUUCAUUUUAUGUCAUUCAACCACUGGUCUCCAACUGAAACAGUUAUGUCUAGUCCACUGAAAAUAUCGGUCUAUGUUGUUCUGGUCUUUGCGACCACAGCCUUUGCAAGCGGGAGGACUAAUUGGGUGGAUUUAGGAGCUUCCGUUUCGAUCCCUUGGGAAUCAUCAAACAAUAGAGGAGUGGGUAAUAAAAUUUAUUCUUCAGUACCAGGCCCUCAGAUCUUAGCAGUAGGAAAUGUGGACAAUUUGAAUCUGAAUGGUAGGAAUAUUCUUCAACAGAGACAAGGAGAUUUGGUCAGGCUCAAUAAUGAAUAUAACAGGAGAAAGCUGAAUCAAGCUCAAGGUGCUGCUAAUUUGGAUCCAAUCCAAGAUUCUCUCGAACAAUACUCCAAUGAUAGAUAUGGUCGAAGUGGAUUGCAAGAAGGUAAUGGUUACUCAUCUUUAGGUGGCCUUAGUAGAUACAACUCCAACCCAUUGAUUGGCCAACAACAGGCAUUGGUUGGAAAAGUAGGGCAAAGACAAUCGCAAUAUCAACUUAACCAACAAAAUUUGGAUGGUGGUGUUGCUCAAUUGAAUUUAGAAGGACUGAGAUCUGGAGUUCUCAAAUCAUCAGUCAAUGGAGGAAUAAAUUCGCAAGCUUCUAUCAAUUCGAAUGAGUUCAAUGGAAAACUCUCUGGCUUAGGGUUGGGACUUUCUGAAGAAAAUAUCCAAGGUUUAAGGAAUUCUGGAGUUUCCCUUUCAGGAAACAAUUUUGGACAAAACAUUGGUCAAGCUUAUGGUUCACUGAAUGGACAAAAUUUGUGGAGAAACAACCAAGAGUCAUUGCAAGGAGGUAAUGCCCAACAGAACAUUCAACGUAAUUAUGGCGGUUAUGGAGGACGAGGACGUUUCCAACAAUCUUUAAGAUCACUAGACAAUCAGCAGUUGAACAGACCAGUUGCACAAGACGUACUCUCUGGAGUUUACAAUAGACAAUAUCCUUCAAACGAUGCAUGGACUUCAGAAAGGCAGUCUGCACAACUUCAAGCAGGUAAUCAAAACAUUGGAGAUAACAAUGAACAACUUGGUAGUCAGCUCCAAAACCAAGACAAUGUGAACCAGCAACAGGGUAAUAGUUACACUUACGGUGAAUUGAGUGCCAGAAUAUGGAACGUUAUCAAAUCUAACCCAGCCAUGAUUUCCAACCUUGAUAAUCUGAGGGAACAACUUUUGAACGGAAACAAUUCAGGAAACGAACAGGUGGGCCAACUCAAAGCUCUACUACAAGAUGCCCGCAACAAAAAUAUCCUCAUUCCAAGAAACGUCGUAGGCCAAUCAUCAGAAGAACAACAACGCAAUGCAAUUGUUAAUAACCUAAUUGAUGCUAUGAGUAAGAACGGUAGAGGUCAAAUUUCAUAUGGAAGAUGGUGAGCUUGAAUACGAUGGCCGUUUUGUCAACUAAAACACAGAAAUCUGAAUUUACAUCAAAUUUAUUGAAAAAUUGUUUUAAUCUUAGAAUGUCGUAGCGAUUGUUAUGUUAAUAUUAUUUUUUGUUUUGUUCAUAGACAAUUAUAUUAUUUGUUUUUGUAUGUUUGACGAAUAAAUAGAAUUGAUUCUA